UGUCUUUCAGGCGAUGUUUCUACUGUGACGUAUAAUCUAGUGGACGGAACGCUUCUUCAACAACUGCAGCCACCUCGGUAGCUCGCUAGACAACAAAGUCGGAACAUUCAAGUUCUUUAGACAAUUUACUGGUUUAUUUGCCACUAUGAUUUAAACAUACUUAUGUGGAAACAACUAGCUACCCCAUUUAGUUAAAUAUUUACGUUGUAAGUCAACUUGCUGGCUGGUUAAGUUAGCACAAGUCUAGUCGCUAAUGCUAACAUCUCCGACCAUGAGCUCACUAAGCUACUCUCCUGCUGAAGAAGAGGUGGUCUGCUGGACGGAGAAAGAAGCUCUCGUGAAAGAGGAGGAGGGAGAAGAGGCUAUUACAAUACAAAAACAAGUAGAGGGUGAGGCUGUUACCGUGAAAGAAGAAGAGAAAGACGCCUUCAGAGUGAAAGAGCAGGAAGAUGUUACUGUGAAAGAAGAGGAAGAAGAUGUUACUGUGAAAGAAGAGGGGAAAUAUUCGGUUUUUGGAGUGGAGGAUGAAGUGAAAGAAGAUGAAGAGGUUUUUGGAAUGAAGGAUGAAGAGGGGGAGAUUACUGUCACAUUAGAGGAGGAUGAAGAAGAGAAGACUGGAGAUCUGAUUAACACCAGUAAAUGCAGAGAGAGACAGAACUACUGUGUAUCCUCUGGGGAGCCUCAACAACAUCAUGAUGCUGACAGGGCAGAGAAGAGUCUCUCCACAUCAGAACACCUCAAGAAACACCUGCGCAGAUCCACAAGGAACAGAUCUCACUGCUGUUCUGAUUGUGGGAAAUGUUUAAAAUCUUCAUCAGAACUUAAAAUACACCUGAUAAAUCACACGGGAGAGAAACCUUACUGCUGCUCUUACUGUGGGAAGAGUUUUACUCUGUCAACCCGCCUGAUAUCACACCAGAGAACACACACAAGAGAGAAACCUUAUAGCUGUGAUCAAUGUGGGAAGAGUUUUCCUCAGGACAGAACAUGGACGCAAUGCAAUUGGGAUCAAGAAGAAGAUCUUCUCAUAAAUGAAUCAAGUCCAUGGAAUGGAUAUAGACAAAAAUAUAAUUCAAGGACUAGCAGAGGUAGAGAGGCGAGGCAGGGGUGAGGACAUCAUCCUGCUAUUUUGACAGUCCUUGAAGGACAAUACAGAAGAGCACUGGAGACUACAGCAGCGAUCCUGCUCUUGCCCAACCUCUUCAAUGAGGACCCGAGUGGCCUUUAUGUCCGUGACAAGGUAUGCCUAUGCACCAAUCAUCUGUUUCUUCAUAAACAGAGGUGUGCAUGCUUAUAAAACUACAGCUGAACAUUUGUUAUGUUCUUUGUUAAUUGUAUGUGUAUUAAUCUUUUCUUACUUUUGUUGACACUGAUUUCACCGCUCUUCACUCCACAUCGGCGGAAAUCCAUUUCACCAUGAGAGUCAAAUCCCGCUGGCCUUUGAUGGGGAGAACAUCCACGCCCUCGAGGACGUCCCCAUGGGACUUGGGCCUCUGCUAGAGCAGAUUUUUUAAUUCCCCUUAAAUUUCACAAAUAUUUCAGAGAAUCACUUAUGUUGUUAAGUUACUGUGUUCUGGGGAGAAGAGAAGUUGGGGUGAAGUUACCAGGGCCGGUCAUAAAGAUGGCAAAAUUCCUAACAUAACUAAGUGGAUACGAUAUACAUACUAAAGCUGAAAAUUCUGUAUUUAGCAUCAUGUCUACAAUAUUGUUAGUUUACCUAUGAUUCAUUGUUAAUGUAUGUUGUUUUUAUUGUACAUCAUUAUUUAUGAUUUUCUUUAAAUGUCAUGAAAAGCACUUUACAAAGUAAUUUUAUGAUUUAUUAUGGUCUGACAUGUCUGCAGAAAUGUUGUAAUUUUGUAGUGUGUUUUGUUUGGUAAAUUAUUUUGUAAAUAUUAAUUCAAAUUUGUGGAGCCACCAAAUAAACAAUGAAUUAUUUAAAUCAA